AUGGGGCUAAGAGUGGCCAGCCUCUUCCUCCUCUGGCUGGCUCUUUCCUCUGCUAAUGAAAUAAAGAAAGGAAGGACAAGAAGCCAUGGCCACUAUGUCUGCAGCACUUGGGGAAACAACCAUUUCAAAACUUUUGAUGGAGACAUCUACCAAUUCCCUGGCAUUUGCGAGUACAAUUUUGUUUCCGACUGUCGAGAGGCUUACAAGGAAUUCUCUGUCCACAUCCAGCGUGCUCUCAACAGCAAUGGCCAUCCUGAGAUCCAGUAUAUUCUGAUGAAAAUCAAGGAUAUAAUGGUCUACCUCAAACCAAACCUGGUUGUAGUGGAAGGGCGGAUUGUGAAGACACCUUACUACACCUCUGGUGUCCUCAUUGAGAGCAAUGAAAUUUACACCAAGAUUUAUGCCAAAUUAGGCAUGGUUCUGAUGUGGAACCAGCAGGAUGCCCUGAUGGUGGAGCUGGACAACAAAUUUAAUAACCAUACCUGUGGUCUCUGUGGGGAUUACAAUGGAAUUCAAAUCUACAACGAGUUCAUCAAUGGAGAUGCAAGCUACAACUCAAUUACAUAUGGGAACAUGCAGAAGAUCAGCAAACCCAAUGCCAAAUGUGAAGAUCCAGAUGAAACUCAGGCUCUUCCAAGCUGUAAUGAGCAUCGUGAUGAGUGUCAGAGGUUGCUGACUUCCCCCGCAUUUGCCGAUUGUCGGCUACGUCUGAAUUUGGAAAUGUACAUCCAAGCCUGCAUGCAGGACAAGUGUGCCUGUAAUGGGAAGGAGGACUCCUUCUGCCUCUGCAGCACCAUCUCUGAGUAUUCCCGCCAGUGUUCACACGCAGGCGGCCGCCCGGGAGAAUGGAGGACACAGAACUUUUGCUCCAAGAGCUGUCCUGCUACCAUGGUCUAUAGAGAAAGCAGCUCACCCUGCAUGGAUACUUGCUCACACUUGGAGAUCAGCAGCCUUUGUGAGGAGCACUACAUGGAUGGCUGUUUCUGCCCUGAAGGAACUGUGUAUGAUGAUAUCAGUGAAAAAGGCUGCAUCCCUGUUAGCCAGUGCCACUGCAAACAUGGUGGAAAGGCGUAUGCACCUGGAGAAAGCAUUUCCAAAGAAUGUGAAGAAUGCACCUGUAAUUCAGGCAGAUGGACCUGCAAAGAUUUACCCUGCCCAGGCACAUGCUCAGUGGAAGGAGGUUCCCAUAUUACCACCUUUGAUGGGAAGAAGUACACCUUCCAUGGAGACUGCUACUAUGUGUUGGCCAAGGAUACUGCAAAUGAAAGUUACGCUCUCCUGGCAGAGCUGGCUCCCUGUGGUUCCACGGACAAACAGACCUGCUUGAAGAAUGUUGUGCUGUUAGUGGAUAACAAAAAGAAUGUGGUGGUUUUCAGAUCAGAUGGCAGUGUGCUCCUGAAUGAGAUGACAGUGAAUGUGCCUCAUGUGUCAGCCAGCUUCUCAGUAUUCAAGCCAUCUUCCAGCUACCUUGUUGUACAAACUUCUUUUGGGCUUCAGAUGCAGAUCCAGCUGUUUCAAGUCAUGCAGCUGUUUGUGACUGUGGAUCAAUCAGUUAAAGGAAAACUUCAAGGUCUUUGUGGAAACUUCAACGGAAAGGAAGGUGAUGACUUUAGAACAACUAGUGGGCUGAUUGAGGCUACAGGAUCUGCCUUUGCUAACACAUGGAAGGCUCAGUCCACCUGCACAGACCAGGCAGAAAAGCUGGAAGACCCCUGCAGUCUCAGCAUUGAAAGUGCAAAUUAUGCUGAGCAUUGGUGCUCUUUGCUGAGAAACCCAAAGGGUCCUUUUGCAAGAUGUCACUUAGCCAUUGAUCCUUCAGAAUACUAUAAGAAAUGUAAAUAUGACACCUGCCUCUGUGAAGACAAUGAAGAAUGUCUGUGUGCUGCCCUGUCCUCUUACUCAAGAGCCUGUGCUUUCAAAGGGAUCAUACUGGGAGACUGGAGAAAGAGUGUCUGCAGUAAUGAAGCAUCUUCUUGCCCUGGAAAUCAAGUCUUCCUUUACAAUCUUACAAUGUGCCAGCAAACCUGUCGUUCCCUUGCUGAUGGUGAAAAGUAUUGCUUGCAAGACUUUGCUCCUGUGGAUGGCUGUGGCUGCCCACCCAAUACGUACUUGGAUAAGCAUGAUAACUGUGUGCCCAUCUCCCAGUGCCCAUGUUAUUACAAGGGAUCAUACCUGGAACCUGGUGAAUAUUUCACAAAAGACGGAGAACGCUGUGUUUGCCGAAAUGCGAAGAUCCAGUGCACUUCAGUGAAAAUAAGAAUGAGAAGUGGAAAAGAAUGUUCUUCCAACAAGACAUACUUUGACUGCAAUGCAUCCUCAAAGUGGACAUCGCAAACACCUCUACAACUUAGCUGUCAUACUCCUCAAACUGAUCAUUUCCAGACAGAGUGUGUCUCAGGCUGUGUGUGUCCUGAAGGUCUGUUUGAUGAUGGCAGAGGGGGCUGUGUUGAGCAAAAAGAUUGCCCAUGCAUUCAUAACAAUGAGUGGUAUUCUUCUGGAGGCAAGAUAAAAGUGGACUGCAAUACCUGCACCUGCCAGAAAGGGGUUUGGGAAUGCACUGAUGAUGUGUGCUAUGGGACUUGUAUGAUAUAUGGAAGUGGCCAUUAUAACACUUUCGAUGGGAAAUUCUAUGACUUUGAUGGGAGCUGUGAAUAUGUGGCUACUCAGGACUUCUGUGGUGCGAAAAAUUCCAGCGGCUCAUUCAGUAUCAUCACAGAGAAUGUCCCCUGUGGAACUACAGGAGUCACAUGCUCAAAGGCUAUCAAAAUGUUCCUAGGGAAAACUGAACUGAAAUUGGAGAACAAAGAGUACAAAGAAAUUCAGCGAGACGUUGGUGAUGAUGUGCAGUAUUGGAACAGGACAGUCGGCCUGUACCUGGUUAUUGAGGCUAGCAACGGUGUGAUGCUGAUCUGGGACAAGAAGACUACUGUUUUCAUCAAGCUGAGCCCUGAUUACAAAGGCAAAGUGUGUGGUCUGUGUGGCAACUUUGAUGACAAGGCAAACAAUGACUUUACAACAAGGAGUGGACUGCAGGAGACUAAUCCUCUGGAUUUUGGAAAUUCCUGGAAACAAUCUCCCAUGUGCCCAGAUGUCACAGAAGAGAUUAAGCCCUGUGAUCUGAAACCACACCGGAAGUCCUGGGCAGAGAAAGAAUGCAGCAUCAUUCAGAGUGAAGUCUUCAAAAUUUGUCACUCCAAGGUGAACCCACAUCCUUUCUAUGAAGCUUGUGUUCAUGAUGCCUGCUCUUGUGACAGCGGUGGAGACUGUGAGUGCUUCUGCUCUGCAGUUGCAGCGUACGCCCAAGAGUGCAUCAAGGCUGAGGCCUGUGUUUUCUGGAGAACUCCUGAUAUCUGCCCAAUAUUCUGUGACUACUACAAUCCUCGCAAUGAGUGUGACUGGCACUAUGAGCCUUGUGGCAGUAAUAUCACAACCUGCAGGAUGAUCAAUAAUGUCAGCACCAACUUUACAGUACCACUACUGGAAGGUUGCUACCCCAGAUGCCCUAAGGACAAGCCUAUUUAUAAUGAAGAGACAAAGGAAUGUGUGACUGAAGACCAAUGUGGAUGUUACCUCGAGGAUGGAACCCAUAUACAACCUGGGCAAGAAGUACCCACAGAAGAAAACUGUACAAUAUGUGUCUGUGUCCCAUCAGGAUCCAUACAGUGUAAACCACUCCCAGGGUGUCCUUGUGUCAUCAAUGGAACGAGUUACGAAGUGGGUACUGUUGUGGGACAAGUACAGGAUGGUGACAUAUGUAUAAUAUACAUCUGUGCAGAAAAUGGUUCUGUAGUUCCUGGUGAAGUCUAUCCUUGUCCAACAUCUUCACCUACAACCAUUUCAACCUCCUUCCCUUCCAGUACUCUUACCACCACUACCACAGUUUCCACUACAAGCCAUCCAGUAACUACAACUCCUUGCUUUGGACUAAUCUGUGAUUGGACUGAGUGGUUUGAUGUUAGUAAACCUGAAGAAGGUGGUGGUGACUAUGAAACAUAUGAUGAAAUAAGAAAACAUGGAUACAAGAUAUGUACAGCUCCUGAAGAAAUUGAAUGCAGGGCUAAGGAUAAACCUGAUGUGAGCUUAGAUGAUCUUGGUCAGAAAGUAGAGUGUAAUGUUAAAUAUGGGCUUAUCUGCAAAAAUGAUGAGCAAGAUGUAACUAUGUGGCCACUUUGCUAUAAUUAUGAAAUCAGAGUAAACUGUUGCGAGUGGCAAGAAAUUCCUUGUGGGUCUACAAUUAUACCUACUAUAUCACAAGCUCCAACCACCACCAAGACAACAAUACCCACAACCACGACUUCAACAGAGAUUACCACCCCGCCACCUAUACACAUCCAUUCCACAACAAGCACACCGAGCACAGCAUCCCCUACAUCGGAAUUGCCAACCACUUCCACGUUGCCAGAGACUCCCAGCACCACCACCACCACCACCACCACCACCACCACCACCAGCAGAUCACCGACAACAACACCGUUUACACCAAGUACUGUCUCCUGUGAGUGCAUCUGGUCUGACUGGAUUGAUGUGACCUACCCAGACGGUUCCAACAAGGACAGUGGUGACUACGAAACCUUUGAGAACAUUUGGAAGAACGACCCCUCCUGGGAGUGUGCCAAAGUUGAGAAUAUUUCAUGCCGAGCAGAGAAAUUCCCUAACACGCCCAUUGCAGAUUUAGGGCAGAAAGUGCAAUGUGAUGUUGACGUAGGGCUCAUCUGUAACAAUAAAGAUCAGCAGAUAGGAGGUAUAGUACCGAUGCCAGUCUGCCUCAACUACGAGAUCAGUGUCUGCUGCACCCCGAACAGACCAGAGUGUCUUUCACCUCCAAGCACCACGAGCACCACAACUUCCACAGCUUCAACCACAACUAGCAGUGUGUCCCCUCCAAUAUCAACAACCACUCCAACGACAACAACAGAGAAGACUCCCACCACUACCACCCCUACCACCACCCCAACAACCACCACCACCAGCACCACCACCACGCUGCCCCCCAGCACCACCACCAGCCCUCCGAGCACAACCACAACGGUUCCUGUCUCAACAACACCCAUGUCAACUACUUCAAGCACAUCCACGCCCACACCAACAUACACCACCACCACACCAACUCCAGGCACACCUCCAUCCACACCGAGGACAGUACCCACUCCAUCAGAAUUGCCAAGCACUCCCUCGUCACCAGAGACUCCUGCCACCACCACCACCACCACCAGGACUUCUCCAACCACAACCACAACUGUUACUGGAUCACCAACACCCACCUCAACUAGUUCUAGCACAUCCACUGCCACACCAACAUAUACCACCUCCACACCAACUCCAGGCACACCUCCAUCCACACUGAGCACACCAAAAUCAACAACCACUCCCUCACCACCAGUGACUUCCACCACCACCACCACCAGCCCUCCGAGCACAACAACUACUGUUACUGGAUCAACAACAACUGUCUCAACUCCUGAAACAGUCCCACCUUCAUCCACACCAAGCACACCAAAAUCGACAACCACUCCCUCGCCACCAAAGACUCCCACCACCACCAGCCCUCUGAGCACAACCACAACUGUUACUGGAUCACCAACACCCACCUCAACUACUUCAAGCACAUCCUCACCAACACCAACUACACCACCACCACACCAACUCCAGACACCAGAGGUACCGACAGAGACAAGCACUCCAGUUACUCCUUCAGCUACCCCAUUGCCAACAACAAGAACGACAGAAAUAAGUACGCCUCCUGCAAGCACCACUAGUCAACAGUCAACAUCACCGGUGUCAACAAGCCCAGUGACAGCUACCACUUCUGAAGUCACUGAAACAGGAUCAACCACCAAGACAACCACUUCAGGCCCCACACCCUCAAGGUCCACCAGCACCACACCAGUAACAGAAACACCUGUCCAUGAGACCACUACCACCAGGACCCCAAGCCCUCCAACAGGAUCAUCUCCCACCACUUCUAGCCCUGGCACCACCACAACCUCAGGACCAAGCAGCCCUACAGGAACACUACCAAUAUCAACAACUCCAUUCACUCAAACAGGAUCAACCACCAAGACAACCACUUCAGGCCCCACACUGUCAGUGUCCACUCCCUCCACCACCACAGUAGGAACAGAAACAAGUACCCCAGGGACAACCUCUGCAACUGUUACUACUCCAACAACAUCAACCCGCCCUGUGUCAAACACCACCUCUGGUACUACUCCAACAGAAAGCUUUACCACCACUUCAGGAACCACCUCUAGUACUUUUACCACAGUCAAUGCAACCACCACUUCCACCACCCUUCCCCCUGGCUCAACUACUACAUCUGGGCCUACUGCAACCUCAACUGCAGUCACCACUACAGGAAGUUCUACACACAGUGUAACUCCUCCAGUUAAUGGCUCGAGUACAACUACAGGUCUAAUACCAACAACUAAAAAAACUUGUACUAUUUUCCCUAAUGAAUCUUAUGAGCAAGGUGAGUCAUGGUGGCUCUGUAACUGCACUAAGGUAAUAUGUAUAGAAGACAACAUUGUCCAGGUGAUUCCAGUAAUCUGCAAUCCACCUCCAAAACCAACGUGUGCCAAUGGACUGUCUCCUGUGCCAGUCAUUGAUGAGGAUGGAUGCUGUUGGCACUGGGAGUGUGAUUGCUACUGCACUGGCUGGGGAGAUCCACAUUACAUGACUUUUGAUGGAUUGUACUACAGCUAUCAAGGGAAUUGUACAUAUGUCCUUGUGGAAGAGAUAAAUAAGAAAGUCGACAACUUUGGUGUCUACAUUGAUAAUUAUCAUUGUGAUGUACGGGAUGUAGUGUCCUGUCCUCGAACGCUCAUCGUGAGACAUGAGACUCAGGAAGUGAGGCUAACAACAGCACAACCAAAUACUCUACAAGUAGAGGUGACAGUAAACAACCAGCUUGUGGCUUUGCCUUAUAAGAAGUUUGGUGUAAGCAUCUAUGAGUCAGGCAUAAAUCGUGUUGUGGAAAUUCCUGAGCUGAAAAUGAAUGUGACCUACAAUGGCUUGUCCUUUUCUAUCAGAAUGCCCUACAGCCUGUUUGGCAACAACACCCAGGGCCAGUGUGGUACUUGCAAUAACAACACGGCAGAUGACUGCAUGCUGCCAAAUGGAAACAUUGCAGCAAACUGUGAAACCAUGGCAGAUCACUGGCAAGUUGUUGAUCCAUCCAAACCACAGUGCUCUCCAGGCCUAGUUCCUACAGGUUCACCUAGCACAACACCAACACAGCCUUGCAAAGAAUCUUCCAUCUGUGAGCUUCUUUUGGGAAGUGUGUUCAAGCCAUGCCAUGCAUUUGUCCAACCUGAAAAGUACUAUGCAGCCUGUGUUUUUGAUAGCUGUGUACUUCCCAACCUAGACCUGGAAUGCUCAAGUCUGCAGAUCUACGCUGCCACCUGUGCCGAUCAAGGCAUGUGCAUUGACUGGAGAAAACACACCAAUGGUGUAUGCUGCACUCAUGAAUGUCCUCCAGGUAAAGAAUACAGAGCAUGUGGUCCUAUUAAAGAGAUGACCUGCAAAUCAAGAGGACAGAACAACACAUCAACUAAACAAGUGGAAGGCUGUUUCUGUCCUAAUGGAACCAUGCUGUAUGACUCUGGUGUGGAUGUCUGUGUGAAAACCUGUGGCUGUGUAGGAGUGGAUAUGAUACCAAGAGAGUUUGGAGAAGAGUUUACAGUGGACUGUCAGGACUGUAUUUGCCUGGAAGGUGAACAUGGCAUUGUGUGUAAGCCUCACAUAUGUGAACAAAAGAAUGUCACCUGUGAUGGAGAAGGCUUCUAUGAGGUCACUGAAGUCAAUCCUAAAGACUCCUGCUGCCCUCUUUUCACUUGCAAAUGCAAUACAAGCUUGUGCACAGCUAAAGCCCCCAAGUGCUCACUGGGAUUCGAAGUUCAUUCUUAUAUUCCCAGUGGUCAGUGCUGUCCUGUAUACCAAUGUGUUCCCAAGGGGGUUUGCGUACACGAGAAUGCUGAGUUCUUGCCCAACUCCUCAGUCUUUGUUGACAAGUGUCAGAAUUGUUUCUGCACAAAUGAUGUUAACGUCAGCACUCAACUGAAUAUCAUCUCCUGUGAACGUGUCCCCUGCAACACAUACUGUCAACCAGGAUAUGAAAUUAAACCAGUGAAAGGUGAAUGCUGUGGAAAAUGUGUGCAGACCAAGUGUAUUAUACACACAGCAGACAAUUCUGAACUCAUCUUGAGUCCUGGAGACUUUAAAAAUGAUCCUCACAACAACUGCACCAUUUAUAGCUGUGUAGAUGUCCAUAACCAGCUUAUUGCUUCCACAUCUGAGAUUACCUGUCCAGCAUUCAAUGAGGACAGCUGCAAACCUGGAACUAUUUCGUUCUUACCUAAUGGUUGUUGCAGAACCUGUGCCCCUCUGGACAGCCGCACACCGUGCUCUGUGCGCCACAGACAAGACUUCAUUGUCUACCGUGGCUGCCGCUCCGUGGACAGAGUCGACUUGACUGAAUGUGAAGGAACAUGUGGAACCUUCUCGCUAUACUCUGCUGAGGCCAAUUCUAUGGACCACAGCUGCUCCUGCUGCAGAGAAACACAGACCACUGAGAAGCACGUGGUUCUGAGAUGCCCCGGUGGGCGCUCAAUGUCACACAAGUACGUCUACGUGGAGAGCUGCAGCUGUCAGGACACUGAAUGCAGCAGGCCAAAGUCUAAUGAGCUGCAGAACAAUGAAGAAAAUGACAAGGCAAGCACUCUGAACCGGAUCAAGAGAGCCAUCAGCUUAACAUCAAAAUGA